ACAUUUCCCUUUUCUUCAUUUUUUCCUCUCAAAUGACAUCCUCCCUUCCCACUUGCUUGAACAUCUGUCCAUUGUUUAUAUGUUAGCCAUAAGAUCACACCCUCCAAGGCCCCUUUCAGCUUCUAUUGUCCCAGCAAAUUCAAACUUAAGAGUCAUUACUAAUGGAACUCCAACUCCAAAAACAUAGAAAAACUACAAAUUAAGAACAAAACGCUAAGAAAACAAAGUUAGAAGGCCAAGCUGUCUGUGCCUUCUUCCUUCUGCUAAUAUGGACGGAACGUACGGUCUGCACUCAACGGUGGCGGACUACUCAGACAAGGCGUUGAUGUCGCCGGAGGAUUUGAUUUUACAAUCGGAGUACCAGAGCUUGCUGUCUUCCGAAACUCUUCGGCUGCGGAUUCCGAUUCUUGGAUCCGAAGAGUUGCUUUCAGAGGCGGCUUCGAUCAGAACAGAAGAAGAUAUGUCCGCUUUGAUCAAAGCCAAAAUUGCCUCGCAUCCUUGCUAUCCUCGUUUACUCGAGGCUUAUAUCGAUUGCCAGAAGGUAGGGGCGCCUCCGGGGAUAGCGUGUUUCUUGGAUGAAAUCCGGCGAGAAAACGACCUUUUUAAGCAAGACGCUGUCUCCACGUACUGGGGAGCUGAUCCCGAGCUAGACGAAUUCAUGGAAACCUACUGUGAUUUGUUGGUGAAGUAUAAAUCUGAUCUUGAAAGGCCUUUUGAUGAAGCAACAACCUUCUUGAACAAGAUUGAAAUGCAGCUUCGUAAUCUCUGCACUGGUGCCUCCAUCAGAAGCAUCUCUGAUGAAGGUGCGCCAUCAUCAGAUGAGGAGUUAAGUGGAGGGGAGUUGGAUAUGCAUGAAGCUCAACCAAGUGGUGAAGACCGAGAGCUUAAAGAUAAACUUCUCCGCAGGUUUGGAAGUCAUAUUGGUACGCUGAAGCUGGAGUUCUCAAAGAAAAAAAAGAAAGGAAAGCUACCGAAGGAAGCUAGGCAAACCCUACUUGGAUGGUGGGAUGCUCACUAUAAAUGGCCAUAUCCAACUGAAGCUGAUAAGAUAGCAUUGGCCGAAUCGACGGGACUAGAUCAGAAGCAAAUUAAUAAUUGGUUUAUAAAUCAACGUAAGCGCCACUGGAAACCAUCUGAGAACCUGCAAUUUGCUGUUAUGGAUAAUCUUUCUGGGCAGUUCUUUACAGAAGACGACUGAUAUUCCUGUUGGCUUCAUGUACAUUAUGCAACGCAACAUUGCUGGCAUUGAAAAGUUCAUCUUUAGAAAUAAAAAAGAAAGGAAGAUUAACUGUAUUUUGCAUCAUGUAUAUUCGCAAUUAAUGCUUACAUAGUUUGAAUGAAUAAUCUACUCCUUAUUCUUGGCGUUA